AUGUCCGAGGACCUAGAGUCCAUAUCAGAGGAAGAACGCAGCUUGUUCCGUCCGUUCACCCGCGAGUCGCUGGCCGCCAUCGAGGCGCGUAUCGCCGAGGAAUAUGCCAAGCAGAAGGAGCUCGAAAAGAAGAGAGCUGAGGGAGAAGUUCGGUAUGAGGACGAGGACGAAGAUGAAGGGCCACAGCCAGAUCCAACACUGGAGCAGGGUGCACCGCUGCCCGUUCGGCUCCAGGGAGGUUUCCCAGCAGAACUUGCCUCCACCCCUCUUGAGGAUAUUGAUAGUUUCUACCAUAACCAGCGGACAUUCGUAGUGGUUAGUAAAGGAAAGGAUAUUUUCCGAUUCAGUGCAACAGAUGCCUUGUGGAUUCUGGAUCCUUUCAAUCCUAUUCGAAGAGUUGCUAUAUAUAUUUUGGUUCAUCCCUUAUUUUCACUUUUUAUCAUCACAACAAUUUUAACGAACUGCAUCUUCAUGAUCAUGCCUACUACACCAGUAAUAGAAUCAACAGAAGUAAUUUUUACUGGCAUCUACACAUUUGAAUCAGCCGUAAAGGUGAUGGCAAGAGGGUUCAUACUUCAGCCAUUUACGUACCUUAGAGAUGCAUGGAACUGGCUGGACUUCGUAGUAAUAGCUUUAGCUUAUGUUACCAUGGGGAUAGAUCUAGGAAACCUGGCUGCCUUGAGAACUUUCAGGGUCCUUCGAGCUUUGAAGACUGUAGCUAUUGUCCCAGGUUUGAAGACCAUUGUCGGUGCUGUGAUUGAAUCUGUGAAGAAUCUGCGGGAUGUGAUCAUAUUGACCAUGUUCUCUUUAUCUGUGUUUGCCUUAAUGGGCCUCCAGAUUUACAUGGGUGUCCUCACACAAAAAUGUAUAAAAAACUUUCCCAUGGAUGGGUCAUGGGGAAAUCUUACGGAUGAAAACUGGGAGAGAUUUGUGAGCAAUGAAACAAACUGGGUGAAGGAAGGGUAUGAAUUUCGUCUUUGUGGAAACUCAUCAGGAGCAGGGCAGUGUGAAGAAGGAUACACGUGCCUUCAAGGAUAUGGCCCAAAUCCAAAUUAUGGUUACACUAGUUUUGAUACUUUUGGUUGGGCAUUGUUAUCUGCCUUUAGGCUCAUGACUCAAGACUUUUGGGAAAAUCUCUAUCAGUUGAUUCUCCGAUCGGCAGGUCCAUGGCAUAUGUUGUUUUUUAUUGUUAUUAUUUUUUUGGGUUCGUUUUAUCUUGUCAACUUAAUUUUGGCCAUUGUUGCUAUGUCAUAUGAUGAGUUACAAAAGAAGGCAGAAGAGGAAGAAGCAGCAGAGGAAGAAGCUAUCAGGGAAGCAGAAGAGGCAGCCCAAGCAAGAGAAAAUAGGCAGGCAGCACGGGAAGCAGCAAGAGUAUCAGCAGCAGCAGCUCAAGCUGCAGCCAAUGUCGUCAAGUCACCAUCUGAUUUUUCAUGUCACAGCUAUGAGCUCUUUGUAGGUCAAGAGAAAGGCAAUGAUGAUAACAACAAGGAAAAAAUGAGCAUUCGUAGUGAAGGUGGAGAUUCACUUAGUGAACAUCGGGGUCGUACAAUAGGGCCUAAUGGCAAGGUGCGGAAGGUGAGCGCGGUCCCCUGUCAGUACAGAGAUUACACUGCAACUAAAAGACAGUUAACUUUUUCUUACCAGGAAAAUCUCAUGAAGGAGCUGCAGUGGGGAGACCACAUCGAAGAUGUCAUAGGACGAGCAUACAGAGCACUGCAUAAGGAACACUUGCCAUAUGCGGAUGACUCAAAUGCAGUAACACCAAUGUCAGAAGAAAAUGGUGCUAUAGUGGUUCCUGUCUACUAUGCCAGCAUUGGUUCACGAAAUUCAUCGUAUACCUCACAUGCAUCACGAGUUUCGUAUACAUCUCAUGGUGACCUACUUGGUGGGGUUCCUGUCACAAAGGAGAGCCGACUUCGUGGAAGAAGUCGUAACAAUCCUGCUCCCCCAAACACUGUGCCCUACAUGUCUGCUGCCAUGAACCACAAGCACCCUUUUGAUGCUUCUUUAGACAGUGAGGAUGGACCAGCCAAAAUGAAACAUCAAGACAAUCCAUUUAUAGAGCCUACACAACAACAAACUGUUGUUGAUAUGAAAGAUGUGAUGGUGUUGAACGACAUCAUAGAACAAGCAGCAGGCCGGCAAAGCAGGGCAAGUGAACAUGGAGCAGCUGAUGAUGAUGAUGAUGAAGGUCCUACAGUGAAAGAAAAAAUUCUUGCGUUCUGUAUUCGUUGCAUUGAUAUCUUCUGUGUAUGGGACUGCUGUUGGUUGUGGUUAAAAUUCCAAGAAUAUGUUGCACUCAUAGUGUUUGAUCCUUUUGUUGAACUCUUCAUUACAUUGUGCAUCGUUGUCAACACACUUUUCAUGGCUCUUGAUCAUCAUGACAUGAACAAGGACAUGGAAAAAGCAUUGAAAAGUGGAAAUUAUUUCUUCACAGCAACUUUUGCAAUUGAAGCAACUUUAAAACUAAUCGCCAUGAGUCCAAAAUAUUAUUUUCAAGAAGGCUGGAAUAUUUUUGAUUUUAUUAUUGUGGCUCUGUCUUUAUUGGAACUGGGACUUGAAGGAGUUCAAGGCCUGUCAGUGCUCAGGUCAUUUCGACUGCUCAGAGUUUUCAAGCUUGCAAAAUCAUGGCCAACUCUGAAUUUGCUAAUUUCUAUAAUGGGUAGAACUGUUGGUGCCUUAGGAAAUUUGACCUUUGUGUUAUGUAUAAUUAUAUUCAUAUUUGCUGUUAUGGGUAUGCAGUUAUUUGGUAAGAACUAUACAGAUUAUGUGGAAAGAUUUCCAGACCAGGAUUUACCCAGAUGGAACUUCACAGACUUCAUGCAUUCCUUCAUGAUUGUAUUUCGUGUACUGUGUGGAGAAUGGAUAGAAUCCAUGUGGGAUUGUAUGCUUGUUGGAGACUGGUCAUGUAUACCCUUCUUUUUGGCCACAGUUGUAAUUGGAAACUUAGUUGUCCUUAAUCUUUUCUUGGCGCUGCUACUCAGUAACUUUGGUUCAUCAAACUUGUCAGCUCCAACAGCUGACAAUGACACCAACAAGAUUGCAGAGGCAUUUGAUCGCAUUUCAAGGUUUAUCAACUGGAUGAAACGUAGUAUGCUAAAUUUGGCAAAAUUGAUGAGGGCCAAAUUAACUAACCAGAUUUCCGAUCAGACGCCAGGUGAGGGACCCUCCUCCAGUUGGAAAGAAGAUGCCCAUGACCGAGAUGCUGAUGCCGAUUAUGUUGGAGAUGAGAUAAUAGCUGAUGGGAUAGUGUACAGAGACAAGAAAUUUCUCAAAGAGCAAACUCAAGUGGAAGUUGCAAUUGGUGAUGGGAUGGAAUUCACAAUUCAUGGUGACCUUAAAAAUAAACUGAAGAAGGGUAAACUAAUGAUGAACAAUGCCAAACUGAUUGGGAAUUCUAUCAAGGAGAACCAUCAAGAUAACAGGAUAGAAAAUGAAUACUAUAAGCAAAGAUUAGAAGAAGAUGUCAUAAGUAAUAAAUCCUAUGGCAGUCACAAAAACCGUCCAUUUAAGGAUGACAGCCAUAAAGGUAGUGCUGAGACACUAGAUGGAGAGGAGAAAAAAGAUAUUAGCAAAGAAGAUCUGGAGGAUGAGGGAGAUCUUGAAGAAGAAGGUGAAGGGGAAGAAGGUCUUCUUGAAGAAGAUAUGGCACUCGAAGCUGGCUCAGAAGAUGCAGCAGGGCAAGAAUACCCGUCCGACUGUUUUCCAGAGCCUUGUUAUAAGCGUUUCCCAUUCCUUGCUGGUGACGAUGAUGCACCAUUUUGGCAAGGUUGGGCAAACCUUCGUUUGAAGACCUUCCAGCUAAUUGAGAACAAAUAUUUUGAGACAGCUGUCAUCACUAUGAUUCUGCUCAGCAGUCUGGCAUUGGCAUUGGAAGAUGUCCAUUUACAACAGAGGCCCAUUCUUCAAGAUAUUUUGUACUAUAUGGAUCGAAUAUUCACUGUUAUUUUCUUCCUUGAGAUGUUAAUUAAAUGGCUGGCCUUGGGUUUUAGAAAGUAUUUUACAAAUGCCUGGUGCUGGCUAGAUUUCAUCAUUGUGAUGGUCUCGCUCAUAAACUUCGUAGCAUCCUUGUGUGGGGCAGGAGGCAUACAAGCCUUCAAAACUAUGAGGACUCUCAGGGCCCUUAGGCCUCUUAGAGCUAUGUCUAGAAUGCAGGGGAUGAGGGUUGUCGUCAAUGCUCUUGUGCAAGCUAUUCCCAGCAUCUUUAAUGUGUUAUUGGUUUGUUUGAUAUUCUGGCUCAUUUUUGCUAUUAUGGGAGUACAGCUGUUUGCUGGAAAAUACUUCAAGUGUCAAGACUCCAACGACACUACAUUAAGUCAUGAAAUUAUCCCAGACAAGAACUCUUGUUUGGCAGAAAAUUACACUUGGGUGAAUUCACCGAUGAAUUUUGAUCAUGUUGGAAAAGCCUACUUAUGCCUCUUUCAAGUUGCAACAUUCAAAGGAUGGAUACAGAUAAUGAAUGAUGCUAUAGAUUCAAGAGAGGUGGACAAGCAGCCAAUCCGAGAAACCAACAUUUAUAUGUACCUGUAUUUUGUAUUCUUCAUUAUCUUUGGAUCAUUUUUCACUCUUAAUCUGUUCAUUGGAGUGAUUAUUGACAACUUUAAUGAACAGAAGAAAAAGGCAGGUGGCUCUUUGGAAUUGUUCAUGACUGAGGAUCAGAAGAAGUACUAUAAUGCUAUGAAGAAAAUGGGCUCAAAGAAACCCCUAAAGGCUAUACCACGUCCAAGGUGGAAGCCCCAAGCAAUUGUAUUUGAAAUUGUGACCAAUAAAAAGUUCGACAUGAUAAUCAUGUUGUUCAUUGGCUUAAAUAUGCUGACGAUGACGCUAGAUCACUAUCAGCAAACACAAACCUUCAGUCAAGUUUUAGACUACCUCAAUAUGAUCUUCAUAGUCAUUUUUAGUUCAGAAUGCCUUAUGAAAAUAUUUGCCCUUCGAUAUCACUACUUCAAAGAACCAUGGAAUCUCUUUGAUUUUGUAGUUGUGAUUUUGUCAAUACUAGGUCUGGUGCUCAGUGAUAUUAUUGAGAAGUACUUUGUGUCACCAACUCUUCUGAGGGUCGUUCGAGUAGCAAAAGUGGGCAGAGUGCUCCGUCUAGUUAAAGGUGCUAAAGGCAUCAGAACUCUUUUGUUUGCAUUGGCGAUGUCAUUGCCAGCACUGUUUAACAUCUGUCUGCUACUCUUCCUAGUGAUGUUCAUCUUUGCCAUUUUUGGUAUGUCAUUCUUUAUGAAUGUGAAGGAGAAGAGUGGGAUUGAUGAUGUCUAUAACUUCAAAACUUUUGGACAGUCAAUGAUCCUACUUUUCCAGAUGUCAACAUCUGCUGGAUGGGAUGGUGUACUAGAUGGAAUUAUUAAUGAGGAAAACUGCAACAAGCCCAACAGUGAAAUUGGCUAUCCUGGAAAUUGUGGUUCGGCUACUGUAGGCAUUGCUUUUCUCCUGUCAUACCUUGUAAUUAGUUUCCUCAUCGUCAUCAACAUGUACAUAGCAGUCAUCUUAGAAAAUUACUCACAGGCAACAGAAGACGUCCAGGAAGGUCUCACAGAUGAUGACUAUGACAUGUACUAUGAAAUAUGGCAGCAAUUUGACCCCAAUGGUACACAGUAUAUCCGUUAUGAUCAGUUAUCUGAUCUCUUUGAUGUGCUGGAGCCACCAUUGCAGAUCCACAAGCCAAAUAAGUACAAGAUAGUGUCAAUGGACAUACCAAUCUGCAAAGGGGACCUAAUGUACUGCGUAGAUAUUUUGGACGCACUCACAAAGGACUUCUUUGCGCGGAAAGGGAACCCAAUUGAUGAGACUGCAGAGCUGGUUGAGGUUAAAGUGGGACAGCCAGGUUACGAGCAUGUUUCAUCGACAUUGUGGCGUCAGCGAGAAGAGUACUGUGCGCGCCUCAUCCAGAAUGCAUGGCGGAAGCACAAACAGCAGCGGCUCGGUGGGCCCAGUGAUGAGUCAGACGCCGUGCCCUGCGAUGGUGACAUCGACGCAGAUGGUAGCGACGAUCGUCGACAGACAGCCGUGCUUGUCGAGAGCGACGGCUUCGUCACCAAGAACGGCCACCGUGUCGUCAUUCAUUCGCGCUCGCCCAGCGUGACGUCGCGGUCAACGGACGUGUGAGCACGGCCGCCCCUCCCCCCGC